AUUUUUAGAAUGCACUAUAAUUAUUUUUGUCAUUGCUUGGAUUUUGCCAAAAAAAAACUUAAGAGUUGAGUUCCCGCCAUUUUUACGUUGAUCGUCCAUCAUUCCAUUCGGCGCGUAAUUAUUAAAAGUUUCAACUUUAAUCAGUAACAAAUUAAUUAAAUAAUCGCCAGCUAUGGAUAUCGGUGACUUAAGUAAAGUCGCGAGUCGAAAAAGACUGAACGUAGAUGCUGAGAAACUUCGUGAAAAAGUUUCUCGCGAAACUGCAAAAAUUAUCAAGUUGAAGGUCGCCCAAGACACCGCGUACUGGGACCUCAAGGAAAAGCUCCAGCAGGUUGAGGGCAACCAUGAGCGGCUGCAGCAGAAUAUGGUCGAGGUGCAGAUGCAACACGAGGCAAUCUCCGGGCAGUACCAAGAUGAACUUAGGCUUCGACCAGAAACUUUGAACAAAAUGAGUAGCACCCGCGAAAUUUGUGAUGUGCUAGAGGAAUACAGCGAGCGGCUAAAGGAAACACUGUCCCGAUGCAAGAACGAUCAGUCCACAUUGUACGACGCAUACCAAAAGUCUGGACAGCUCGUGAGGGACAUCAAACACAAGCAACUCCAAGGAGACGAGAAAAACCGCCAGGUCAUCGAGAGACUUGAAGAAAAAGUAAAACUAACAAGCGAGCAUCAGAACCAGCUCUUGCAGUACUUCUCGGCGGCCAAGCAGCAGGGAGACGCCGAGCUGGCCGACACCAAGCAGAAGUUGGCCGCUACCGCCACACAGAAAGAAGAGCUGAUAGCAGCCGUCAACGAACUGCGCAGGAGUCUCGACCUCAACCAACACGACUUGCAGAAGAAAGAGGAAUCGAUCACGUCUCUUCAGAACGACAUGAAACAACUGCUCCACGAGUUCAACUUGCAGGCCUCCGACAUGAAGAGCUCUAUGCUGAAACAGGAAAAAGAACUCAAAGAAGCAGUAGAAAGUAACGAAGCACUGAAGAAGGCCCUCGGCAACCAGGAGACCUUCACCAAGGGCAUCUGCGACCAGAACAACCAGCUUCAGGAGAAGAUAUCUGCGUUAGAGGAUGAAAACAUUGCUAUGACCAACACUAAUAAGGACUUGGAAGCAAAACUCCAGGCUGCUACUGAGAAAAAUGAAGAUUACAAAACAGUGGUGGCCAUGCUUAACGAGACGCAAGAUGAACUGAGGAAUGAUAUCGCCCAGAAAGAUCAGCUUCAAAAGAGUUCAGAAGCAGAAAUACAGAAACUGGUGGAUCAGUUAUCUGCAUUGGAAGUCGCGAAUACAGAGGUAGUAGCCAAUCUGACUGCAUCAAAAGAAGACUGCGAUGCGAAGGCACAGCGUAUUCAAGAGUUGGAGACUCAGGUGCAGGAUAUGCAGAAGAAGUUAGCAGAUCGUGAAACUGAGUUGGACGAACUGAAGGCAUCAUCCUCACAACAAACCAAAGAGCUAUCCGAAGCCAUCAGCUCCAAAGACAAGGAACUAGACACGAAGGCGAGCACCAUAGCUCAACUCAUGACGGAGCUGAAAGCCGCCACGGACGCACGCGGCCGCCUCGAACUGAGCGUACAGAAGCUCCGCAAGGAGGCCGAGAUGGAAAGGGAGGCCGCUAGUGAGAGGGAGAAGAGGAUAUCGAAGCAAGUCGAGCAGCUGGAGGUCGUCGUCAGGACCAAAGAUGACGAGCUCUCGAAACAAAUGUCCAUCAUUCUGGAGAUCCGCGCUGAGAAGGAACGGCUUCAAGACAAGAUCCAGAGCAUGCAGAACACAAUCGACAACAUUCAGAAGGAGCUGACCGGGCGAGUGUUGCCCUCCGCAAACCGAAUGCCUCCCGAGCAAGACGACAAUGCUGUCAUGUGUGCGCCUUCCAAGGAUUUAUCCCCGAAGCUUCCGACGCCGCAGUUCGCAGUACCCCGCGCCGAGCCCAAGCAGCUGGACAGCAUGCUGUUCAGCCUGUUCAGUGACGGCAGCAUGGACGGGGAUACCCUUGACCCAUCAGAGGUGAACCGCCGUUUUGAGGCUCUGUCGCGCGGCGAACGCGUGGCUCCCACGCCUCUUAACUCGCUGAAGAGACGUGCUGGGGUGCCAGCGGCACAUGGAGGCCUCAAGUAUAAGGCCAACAAUAACAAUGAUGAUCUAAUUUCACUCUCACAAGUGAAGAAUGAUUUGAAGAAACAAGACAAAACAUUUUUCAAAAGCAAGCGCUCAGACCCAAAGAAUAAGAAGUUGAAGUAA